UCUACAUGGUUAUGAAAAUUCUUAUCACCUGGAGUCUGCUGGGCUAGUCUUUUGAUAGCGUCUGGACUAUGUGGGAUAGUUUUUAAAACAUCUUGUGGUGAUGAGCUACCGCAAGAAGCCCAAGAGUCCUGGCCCUGCAGGCCACAGACCAAGCUCAAAGGGUCCUUCGUCAGCCUCCACAUCAGGCCCAGUGGAGAAGUACAAGGACUAUGCUGCUAUUGUGAUAGACACAGGCACUGGCUACACCAAGAGUGGCCUUGCUGGGGAUGAGAAGCCAAGAUCCAUUGUGCCAAGUAUAGUGGGGGUGCCCAGGUACAGGACGAAGGAAACCCCUUUGUACUACAUCGGGAAGAGUAUUCCACAAAAGCGAGCAGAGGUGAGCACACAAUUGGUAAUGACCCAUGGUGUGGUGACAGACUGGGAUGCCCUAGAGAUGUUGUGGCACCAUAUCUUCUACUCAGAGCUCAGUGUGUGCCCCGAAGAGCUAGCUGUGCUAGUCACAGAUGCCCCAAUGUCUCCAACCACCAACCGGGAGAAAAUGGCUGAGCUUCUCUUUGAGAAUUUUGAAGUGCCCGCCAUGUUUGUUGCUCACCAGUCCCUUCUGUCGGUGUAUUCCUACGGCCGAACUGGUGGACUGGUGAUUGGCUCUGGCUAUGGAACAUCCUACACAGCUCCUGUUCACGAUGGAUACAUCUUACCUCAUGCCACUUACCGACUGGACAUAGCAGGAAAAGCCCUGAUGGAAUACUUGGCCAAGCUGAUGGGAGAAAGUGGUAACCCUUUUCAAAAGGAGGAAAUGGAGGUAGUUUGUCAGAUCAAGGAAAGGUGCUGUUAUAUUGCUGAGGAUUAUGAGUCUGAACUAAAUGCAGAUGAAAAGAAAUAUCUCAUGGACUACACCCUUCCUGACAGACAGGUCAUCUCUAUUGGCAAUGAACGCUUUCGCUGCCCAGAAGUCCUCUUCAAUCCUACCAUGCUGGGCUUCCCAGAGGUGGGUCUUCAUGUCCAAGCCAUGAAUAGUGUCAGAAAAUGCAAGCCAGAGCGACAAGCAGAGCUGCUGUCCAAUGUACUGCUGGCUGGAGGCACCACGAUGCUCCGUGGCUUCUCAGAAAGAAUUAAGAAGGAACUGCAGAGAAUGGAGCCCACAAGCAAGGUGGGCAUCUUAGCUUCUCCCAACCGCAUCUUCUCAGCCUGGUUGGGUGGCUCCAUCAUGGCCUCACUCAACUCUUUCCAGAAUGUGUGGAUCAACCGUCAGUCCUACAAUGAGAAGGGGCCCUUCAUUGUUCACCGGCAUUGCUUCUGACUUAAGUGACAAGCCAAGCUGGUGGGGCAUGUUGUGGGUGGAAAGUUAUGUCAUGGGAGACUCUCCUCUACAACAUGCUAUUUUGGAAUGCA